AUUUACAUUCUGGUAAUAUUUUACUAAAAGAACAAUAUGAAGCUUAUAUUGAGUUAGGUUCAUCAAUAUCGGUUGAUGAAAAACAGGAUAAUAAUAUUUAUGGUGUUUUGCCAUAUUUAGCACCUGAGGUCUUGAAAGGUGAACAGUUCACUCAAGCUGCUGAUAUUUACAGUUUUGGAAUUAUUAUGAUAGAAUUAUUAACUGGACAAAGACCUUUCGAUG